GGCAAAGUUCCCCCUGUCAGCUUCAGAGUUAGCUCCUCCAGUUGCACCACUUGUCUGGAGACUCCAGGCACUGCUCCCCGGAGUCCUAGGCGAUCGAUCCCACUCCUCAGCCCUGCAAUCUGGAUGUUCCUGUUGUAACGCGAUAGGGAGGCUGACAAUCUGUCCCCCAGACAAUCUACAGAAAGGUGUGGUAAGUGGCGUGUGACGCAGCAUGGAGAACAACACGACGCAGAUUUCCCGGGAGGACCUGGAGGACCUGCGUGAGGCCUUCAAUAAGAUAGAUAUUGACAACAGCGGCUAUGUGAGCGACUUUGAACUGCAGGAACUCUUCAGGGAGGCAAGCUUCUCGUUGCCUGGGUUCAAGGUUCGAGAAAUCGUGGAAAAGUUCAUUGCCGGCGACACAAACAAAGAUGAAAGGAUAAGUUUUGAGGAGUUUGUCUCGAUCUACCAGGAGCUAAAGAGCAAAGAGGUGAGAGAAUCCUUCCGGAAGUCCAUCACCAGGAGAGACGGAAUCCGGUCUUUUGGGGGAACAUCGGGCAUCUCCAGCGAGGGAACACAGCACUCUUACUCUGAUGAGGAGAAAGUGGCCUUUGUCAACUGGAUCAACAAAGCCCUGGCAGAUGACCCCGACUGCAAGCACCUUGUUCCCAUGGACCCAGAGAACGAGAGCCUCUUCAAGUCCGUGAGGGAUGGAAUUCUGCUCUGCAAAAUGAUUAAUUUAUCCCAGCCAGAUACUAUUGAUGAGAGAGUUAUAAACACAAAGAAACUGACAACUUUCACAAUGACAGAGAACCUGGUGCUGGCCUUAAACUCCGCCUCUGCCAUCGGCUGCACGGUCAUCAACAUCGACGCCCAGGACCUGAAGGACGGAAAGCCCCACCUGGUGCUGGGCCUCCUGUGGCAGAUCAUCAAGAUCGGCCUUUUUGCUGAUAUCGAGAUCUCCAGAAACGAGGCACUCAUCGCUCUGCUGGAAGAAGGAGAAGAGCUAGACCACUUGUUGUCCAGGUCUCCGGAAGAACUACUGCUGCGCUGGGUAAACUACCACCUGGACCAGGCGGGCUGGCAGCCAAUCAGCAACUUCAGCGAUGACAUCAAGGACUCCAAAGCCUAUUUCCACCUGCUUGAUCAAAUUUCCCCCAAAGGAGAAUGUGCUGAUGAGAUGAGAAUCUUAAUCGAUAUGUCAGGAAUUCAUGAGCAGGACGACGAGCAGCGGGCGGAGCUCAUGCUGAGGCAGGCAGCGCGUCUGGACUGCAGACAGUUCGUCACGCCCCAGGAUGUGGUGGCAGGGAACCACAAGCUCAACAUUGCUUUUGUGGCCAACCUGUUCAACAUGUACCCGGCCCUGAACAAACCCAAGGACAACGGCAUCGACCCGUCUUUGCUGGAAGGGGAGUCCAGAGAGGAGAGAACAUUCCGGAAUUGGAUGAACUCUUUGGGCGUGACCCCAUAUGUCAACCACAUAUAUAGCGACCUUGUGGAUGCCCUGGUCAUCUUUCAGCUGUACGAGAGGAUCCAGGUUGCUGUGGACUACAAGAAGGUCAACCGUCCUCCCUAUCCAGCCCUGGGUGCCAACAUGAAAAAGCUUGAAAACUGUAACUAUGCUGUGAACCUGGGAAAAAGAGAGGCAAGGUUUUCUCUGGUGGGAAUCGGUGGGGAGAAUAUUAACGAGGGCAGUAAGAUGCACACCCUUUCCUUGGUGUGGCAACUAAUGAGGAGGUAUACACUGAAGGUUUUGUCUGAUCUUGGGGAUGGUGAGAAAGUCAACGAUCAAAUAAUAAUCGGCUGGGUGAAUGCCACUUUGAAACAAGGAAAAAAGGAUACUUUCAUCAACAGCUUUAAGGACAAACUGAUCAGCACGAGUCUCCCAGUCAUUGAUCUGAUCGACACCAUAGCUCCCAACGCUAUCCGAGCGGAGAUGGUGAAGAGAGGGGACAUGACGGAAACCGAAAUGCUGAACAACGCAAAGUACGCCAUUUCCGUUUCUCGUAAAAUUGGAGCAAAGGUGUACGCGCUGCCUGAAGACCUGGUAGAGGUGAAGCCAAAGAUGGUGAUGACUGUGUUCGCCUGCUUGAUGGGCAGAGGAAUGAAUAAAGCUAAUGGUUGAGCCUCUUCAAAUAACCACCCCCAACCCCCCCAAAUACAGUCUUGUCUUCUGAAACAUUAACUGAUCCUGAGUGCUCUAAAUGUGACUUUUUUUCCCUCAUUCCAAGUUAUUCAUUCCUAAUAUUCCCCAAAAUAAAUGUCAAAAAU